AUGACAAGCCUGACUUUGGAUGAUGUGAGAGUAACUGUGGUCCAUAGUCAUGACGGUGAUCUUUCUAGUGUUGAAGCAGAGAAAUUGCGAUGCAGUAUUCAUGAAAAAACAAAAACAUCAAGAGAGAGCACUGCUUGUAUACUUGCCACAGCCAUUCAAGAAACUCCUGAGCCUGUGAGAGUAUAUCUAGGAAAUCAAGAAUCAUUGAAAAGAAAUAUCCGACGUCAGAAGCAGGGUUCACUUCCAAAGGCCCCGGUAUCGUUGAGAGAAUUUCACGUUCCUGAUGGAUGGUCAACAACAGGCGGUGACACAAGUGGGUGUGGUCAGGCCAGAAGACGGCGACAAUAUAUAGGAGAGUACGACAAAUUCAACAGCAGACACCAGCAGUCCAGUGCCACCACAAGUCAUGAAGGUUUGGGUAAGUGUGCAUCUCCGCCUUGCCCAACUCUGCCAACCAUCUACGUAGAUGUCGUCGUCCUGUUGGCCGCCGUCGUGGCGGCAGAACCUGAGGCAGAGGCGGAAGCUGAACCUGGUUACGGUUACAGCACUCACGGCCACACCACCCACAGCGUUAGUUACGGCCACCCCACCUACAGCUACAGCCACGGCUACCCCUCCGUCAGCUACGGCCAUGCUGGCUAUGGCUACGGCCACGGCUAUGGUUCCUACGGCCACGUGCACCGCCUCUACAAGCGUGAGGCUGAAGCUGAGCCCGGCUAUGGCCUCGGCCACAGAACCAGCUACAGCGUUAGUUACGGCCACCCCACCUACGGCGUCAGCUACCCCUCAUACGGCUAUGGUCACAGCUAUGGAUACGGCUUCCCGUCUUAUGGCCACACUUCAUAUGGGUAUCAUCAUGGCAUCCACAAACGCGAGGCUGACCCUGAGCCUGGUUACAUUAACAAUUACCGUUACAGUUACGGCCUGCCCAGCUACGGCUACCGUUCCUACGGCUACAGAACCUAUGGCCAUCCCACCUACGGUUACUACCAUUAAGACGAUGAACUGGACCAACACGACAGUUGCCAACUGCUGGUGUUCUGCAGCACUCUUUUCUUUCUGUAUUUUGGUAUUAUCUUUUUUUGGUGAGCCUUGCACGGAUCUCGGCAGCAAACCUUAGCUACGUGGCCGUGCCUGCCUCCCAUUUCAAUGUACAACUGAAAGUAAAUUACUUAACUUUCAUUUUUCUUUAUCGAUGAAUAAACGAGUCAUCAAAAAUA